CGGCUGUUCCUGCCGCUCUCUCCACGGUGCUCCUUUAACUCCGGUCCCACCCCGCUCCCUGCCCGUGCCGCAGGCCGGGGGCGGUGCGCGCUCCGCGGCAUGGCGGGCGCUGCGGCCUGCGGCCCGCUGCCGCUGCCCUGCCUGCUGCUCCUGCCGCGGCCCUGCCUGCUGCUCCUGCUGCUCCUGCUGCUCCUGCUGCUGCCGGCCGCCAGCGCCGAGCCCGAGCUGCGCUUCAGGCCGCCGGCCGAGGCCCCCGUGCGGCUCUUCACCGAGCCCGAGCUGGCCAGAUACGACGGGCACCAGGAAGGACAGCCCAUCUACUUGGCGGUGAAGGGAGUAGUGUUUGAUGUCACCUCUGGAAAAGAAUUUUAUGGAAAAGGAGCUCCAUACAAUGCUUUGGUGGGAAAAGACUCAACAAGAGGAGUUGCAAAGAUGUCUCUGGAUCCCGCAGAUCUUACACAUGAUACAACAGGACUCACAGAGGAGGAACUGAAGUCCCUGGAUGACAUCUUCAAUAAUGUUUAUAAAGCCAAAUAUCCAAUUGUUGGCUAUACUUCUCGGCGAAUUCUAAAUGAGGAUGGCAGCCCCAAUCUGGACUUUAAACCUGAAGAUCAGCCACAUUUCAGCAUUAAAGAUGAGUUUUGAGGAACAUUUUUGUACCUAGAGAACUCCUGGGCAGAGGCACAGCAGAAUAUUAAAUUAAUUCCCUGUGUUGUGGAGUUCAUUACUACAAUUAGCUACCAUGAGUCAGUUCUCUGCUCAGAAAAUAAGUGUGUGUGUGUACACACAUAGCACAGAGGAAACAAACAGAUCUGUAGUAGUGUCAUACACCUGGGCUGUUUGCUGAGAAUUACAGGAAGUAUUUAACCUGCAAGUUCUUUCUGCCAGGAUUUCUUUGUUAAGAAGUGUAUAAUGUAAAAUUACAUUCCUUAGAAGAAAGAAUUUUAAUAAUUGAAAUAUGACUGCUCUUUUUGUAAAUCCCAAGUUGUUUCCCACUCCUUGGAAAAGUGUAAAAGAAUUAUUUGGACAAGCUAACAUCAAUUCUCUGUGUUUCAUCUGAAUGUAGGUAUCACAAGUACAGACAGGUGCAAUGCAUUAUAUACAGGCUUACAUUUUCAAAAGCAUUAUGGAGUUUAAUAUUUGAUGGGUUUGAGAAUACUGGAUAUAAAGCCACUCAGUCUCCUCAAAUGCAGUUACUGUGGAGUAUUUCUGCAAAGCCUACAGCUGUAAACUGAGAAAAAUAAAUCUUUUUUCCCCCAUGAGGACUACUGUGACACGUUAAAUAAGACUGUUAUGUUAGGUUUGGAUAAAUGACACUUUACUUUUUAAAAAUAAUUAUCAAAGUUGUCAUCUAUAUUAGAUUAUGAUGAUUUCCUUCUAUCUUUCUCUGACAAAAAGAGGAAAUUAUAACCCACUGUUUGCCACUUACUCUUACAGCACAGGUUUAUUAUAGCAGCUUAGUGUCCUAUGAACAUUGUUAGUAUUUUUAUAUUAACAAUUUCAGCUCUCAUUUUUUUAUGUCUCUUAGUUUUCCUUUGUUCUUAUCCUGGCUUCAUCACUGCUGUUUUAAUGAAGUGUGCGGUGCCAUGUUCCUCUUCCUCUUAACCUGAUACAAAACUGCAGAUACUGCAGUGUGAAAGCAAACCCCCUUGAUGGCAUUUCCCUGGCAGCCUUCCAGCAGCAACAGAGGACUGUAAAAGCCUGAGCUGUAUAAAUUGCUGCUAACCCCUGACUUUCACUCACGUAAGUAGAAUGUGAAUUGUCCCAUAUGUGGAUUUAUCUGUCAUUGUCACCAUUUUGAUUGAUAUGGGGAAAACUAAGCAGCUGCUCCCAAUUCUGUAUUAAUAAUACAGAUAUAAUAAAAAUAUGAUUCUGUAUUGUUCUUCUAUUUCUUAAGCAUUUUGGUAACUUUCUAGGAAGGGAAGUUUUUAUUAGAUGAUUCUCCAUCUUCUAGUUUGCCUGUCAGUUGAAUAACUAGAAAAGCUGUUUCUAUGUAUUUGCCCAUUCUUUCAUAAUGUUACAGAUUUUAUUCUAGAUUUGUUUUGUUUCUCACCAUUAGACCACCUCAUUUGCAGGAGGGACUCCAUGGGCCCUCCCACUGUUGGAUGGUGCUCUGAGUAGAAAAAAAUAAAUCAGCAUCUAAGAAAUUA